CUCUCUCUCUCUGCCUCCCAGGAGAAGCCUGUGCGCGCCUUUGGGGCGCCUCCUGCCGAGGGGUGACCCGGCGGCCUCUGCGAGCUCCUCGGCAUCCCGAGCAUGUGUGAGCCGAGAGCUGGCACGAGAAGCGCCGGCCCUUCUUCUGGCGCAGGGGAGGGGGAGCGACCUUGGCAGGGGGAGGGGGGGGGCUCCGCCGCACGACCACCCCUCCGCUGCUGCUGCGCUUCCCUGCCUUGGGGGGGCAGGCGAGCCUCCUGGAGGGAGGAGGGCUGGGCUGGGCUGGGCUGCCAGGGGGUGGCUCCCUCCCCCCGCACCUGACGUCAGCUGCUGGGCUUCUCCUGCGAGCCCCUGGCGGCGUGCAGCCUCUCGGACUCCGGGCUGACUCGGGCUGGGCGGACCAUGCGCCGCUGCCGGCUUGCGCGCUUCGCCCUGGGCUGCCUCUUCUUCCUCGCCAGCCACUGCAGCAGAGGAGCAGAUGGCAAUGUGGAAGUCUCCAUGUCGGACGUGGUGGAGGCGGAAGUCGGGAAAACAGCCAUUAUCCGAUGUGGUUUCUCCAUUCCUGUGAAUAGCACUUACGCCUAUGUCAACUGGUUCUAUAUGGACUCCCAUGUCCGGAAGAAGAUCAUCUAUAUGGUCCCAGGCAUGGAGUCUCCGGAGGAGUUGGAACUGAAGGGCCGGGUGCGCAUGGGGGAGGACUUUGCCCUCACUGUCAGCAAGGUGACCCCCCAGGACGCCAAGGUGUACGUGUGCCAAGUCGGGGCCGGCAGCGCUGGCGUGGGCGAGAACCGGACAGAACUGCGCGUCUCCAAAGCCCCAGAGACUCCUGAGGUCAAGGUGGCAGACAGUGCAGCGUCGCUCUCUGUCAUGAAUGAGAUUGCAGUUUGCGUCAGUCGCAACGGCUACCCCACUCCAGCCAUCACGUGGUACAAGGACGAGAAUCUUCUGGAGUCUGAUGGAGAGGAAAUCAACAUCCGCUUUACAAUCACCAAGGAGUCCAGUGGCCUGUUCACGGUCAGCAGCAGCCUGUCAGCACAAGUCACCAAGGAGGAUCGCAAGGCCAUCUUCCACUGCCAAGUCAACUACAGCCUGAUGGGAGCCAACAAGACGUCCAGAUCAAAUGCAUUCAAUAUCAGUGUUAAUUACCCCUCUGUGAACAUCAGCUUUGUGAUCAGUGAGCCCAACCGAGAGAUAAAGGAAGGUGAUAAGGUGACUCUGCUCUGUGAAGGCGAUGGGAACCCACCACCUGAAUACACGUUCUUCAGAGUGAAGAACGGGACAGAAGAGAAGCUGCAGAGUACUGACACUGGCAAGCUGGUCUUGGAAAAUGUCAUGAGGAAGGACAGUGGUCUCUACCAGUGCCAGGCAUUCGACUUGCAGUCCAUGGAUGAGCUGAAGGCGGAUGUGAAACUGUCUGUGAACUACCUCGAAAUACCUACCAUCACCAAGGACCCGCCCAGACACCUGAAGGAGGGAGACAAUUUGCUGCUUACCUGUGGGUCAAGCAGCUCCAAGCCUUUGGAAUUCCAGUGGAAAAAGGAGGGGAAGGUGAUCGUGAGAGAGCGCGUCCUGAACAUCACUGACGUGACUCACGAGGCUUCAGGCAGCUACAGUUGCAUCGUGUCGGUGCCAGAGAUCCCUGGCCUCUCCCACCGGAAGCAGGUUUCCGUGAACGUGCAUUCAAAGCCCCGACUGUUCCCAGUGGAGGAAGUGGUGUUCGUGCACGAGGGCAAGCUGCUGAGCCUUACCUGUGCGGCUGUCUCCAACCCUAGACCCAGCAUCCUGUGGACCACCUCCGUCAACUCGACACUGAUGCCCAAUUCGACGAUUAUAACCACUGACGUCAGCAAUGAGCAACGCAACAGCACGUUCUCCGUCUUCGUCACCAAGGAGAUCCUGGAAUCGGAAAUCAGGUGCUCGGCCAGGAACAAUCAAGGCGAAGCUUCUCACAGGUUCAAGAUGAGGCCGAGGAUAGAAGAGCAGACAACGGCAGGCUCCCCCACGAGCACCAAACAAGGCUCAGAGAGCCAAGGUGUGAUCAUUGUGCCCAUCGUCAUCUGCAUCCUGGCGAUUGCCCUGCUGGGGGCCGUCCUUUACUUCCUGCACAAGAAGGGGAAACUGCCGUGUGGGCGCUCCGGCAAACAGGAGAUGGAGAGAAAUACAUCGAUCUGAGGAACUGAGGAGCGAGACGGCAGCCCACCUUCUUGUUCGAGACUCCUCCUGCCCCUCGGAACGCCCUCGCCCCCCCUGCUCCCGUGGCCAGAGCCCUUCAGAGGCCCAGCAGCAAAUGCACAAGGUGACUCGACAGAGAGGAAGGCUGUGCAACCCCCACCAAGGAGUCUGAAGGAUAACAAAAUGAGCUGAAACAGGACAGGCAUUUUUGCUCUUGCAGACCAAAAUGAAACUUAAAAAUACAUAUAUUCCAGAGCAUCUUUGUUCCGCAGCUGGUAAGGAAACCUGUGCUCCAUCCAACUUUUCGUGUUAGCUUUUGUGGGGUUUUUUGGUGUUUUGUUUUUUCCCCCCUACAGUUUCUGUUUUAGAAAAAAUUUAAAGCCAACAGCCAAGUACUUGCCCAGCUGGAUCGUGGAAAGCUAAACACGUCUCUUGUUAAGGCUCCUUGCCUGUUAGUAGAAUUAGAGAACCACAACAAGACUUUUCGUUUCCAGUAAGACUGGAUCUAGGCUACCCAAUUGUUAAAAGCCAUGCUCCCCACAAGCUCUUCCUUGGACUGGUCCGGUUUGAAGUAGGCAAAGUGCUAAGGAAGGACCCUGCCCUCAAAGGGGAUGUGGAAGCUCGGAGGAGGUUCUCAAGGAAGUUAGCCCUUCACGGGGGUUCCAUUCCUCACGACUGCAAAUAAUGAAGCCAUUACUAACAAGGCCGUGCAUCUAUGGGAAUUGGGGGGCUAGGUUCCAGAGCCUGGGAAAUGAUCCAAAAAAGCAGAAAUAAGGAUGGAGCGCAGCAGUGUACUGUGGCCACCUCAGAUCUUGCACUCUCCCGCUCCUCCAGUAAUGCAUACAGUACUGUAAUUGCUUCCUCACCCCCACAGUUAAGGUCAGCACUUAGCAGCACAAACUCCAGGCCAGACUGCUGCUUUGCAAGUUGGCCAGAGAGGCAUCACAGGAUUGAAGUGAACACACACAGGAGUUCCUUCACCCCACAACAUUCAAGGUCAAGGCUUCAAGUUAAGGGUCCAAAGGUAAAGUUCAAAACCACAGAUAUGCAGAACACCCUACUGCGAAUAUUGAAUCUGGUGCUUAUUUUUAAAGCAUGAAUACGUGAAACUGCAAAUGCUGAAACCACAUUUAACAAGGUCUACUUGUUCUGUAUGGAGAAGCUUCUCUAGCUGCAAAAUGUAUAGCUUUUGGUGUUUGUACAUGAUAAUUUGAGACAGCCAACUCCUGUGAGACCUUACUUAGGGGUGAAGAACUCAUCAGUCUUUGGAAAACACACAUGAAACCGGACUGCAGUAGGAGAAAAGCAAGUCAGUGAAAUGUCCUUUCCUUACUACUCCCCUGCACUAGUGUCAAAAGUAAGGGGAUGGUUUCUACAUAUUUUUUAAUCUUGCAAAACUUCCACCCCUCCUCAAGAAGAUAACCAUGCUGGUGACACUGAACACUUGAACAGAGUGGAUGCUCUCUGCUACAGCCUGCAGGUGGAAGCUGACAUACCUGUCAUUCUUAAUAUUACUUAGGCAGUAUAGGGUUCUCCUCACCACUGGCCCAGUGCUUGGACAAGCCCUACUGCUUCUCUCUCGCACUUCCCAAUUCAAUAUGGCCAUAUACUCUAGGCACCUGCUUCUAUCCAUAAUUGUGCUCUCAAAUCAUAUUUCCCGUCUUCUGCAAACUCAAACACAAACUGAGCAAGCGAGUUAAGAUUUUGUUUGAACACACUUGUUUCUGUAGUGGUUCAAAGUAGUAGGCAAACUCAUCACCCAAAACCAGGGGGGAGAAAAUGGGGUCUUGCGCUUUACUUGUAAGCUAGAAAAUUAUCAAACAAGACAAGAUGCUUUUGUUAUAUAUAUUUUUGUUGAUGUGCGUGUAAAUUUAAGAGUGUCUGAGUUGCAGGGUUUUUAUAUAUAUAUAUAUAUAUAAUUAUGAAAAAUAAAAAGCUAAAAAGUG